AUGUCUCAAUACCCCGAAGACUUGACCGAUGUUCCUGGAGCCGAACAGCUCCCGCGUCACCCGGAAAGAAACCCUGGUGCAAUUGAAAAGGGCCCUGGUGGCCGCUCGUUGAGAUCCGACGCCGACGCCGGUGUCCAAUCCGGCGGUCCUGGCGUUGGUGGCCUCGCUGGUGGUUCCAGCGGUGGUUUCAGUGGUAACAAGUCGUCGUCCACUGGUCAACACUCGUCGACCUCUGGCCAAGACAACCGCUCUACUGGCCAGAAGGUGAAGGACGCCGUUGGCUUGGGCUCGAGCUCUGACAAGAACCAGCAACGUGUGCCCGGCUCGUUCGACGACAGACCCGAACCCAACGUCGACGACAACGUGUUGGAGUCGUACCCCGACCGCUCGGUUGAAACUCAACGCUUCCACCGCGAGUACCCUACUGAACAGUCGUUGGAACACCGCCACGAGGAAAUCAUUUCCGACCACAAGAGAGACUCGGAAGCGAAGUUCGCUAACGCUCGUAAGGAGGAGAGAGAGAUCUUUGGCAACGACCACUCGACCUCGGGCCACCACCACUACAACGCUCCCCACGAACACCACCACCACCACUCGGGUGCUGGCGCUUCCGGCCUGAACGACCCUUACGCCACUGGCACUGGUGUUAGUGCCGCUGGGGGCUCGCGCGCCACCGCUGAAGGUAUUGCCGCUGCUGCCGGCACUGGCUCUACUGCUGCCACCGCUGGUUCGCACGGUACCAAUGUCAGAACUGGCACUGCCUACGAUAACACCCUGGACAGAUACCACGAAUACAACAAGUCGGGCAACCACGGUGUCGAUGCUGCUACUGCUGGUGUGGGUAACGUCAACUUGAACAAGGACGCCCUGGGUAACCACUACGACCACGGCCUCCCCCGCGAGUCGGCGCGUGAAGCUGCUGGCGGCCACCACACCACCACUGGCACCCACGGCACUACUGGCACCUCCGCCACUUCGGGCAGACCCACCAACGCCUACCAAGAAGGUUACCAGGAAGGCUUGCGGGAAGCUCGUGAAUCGGGCGCCACCACUGGCCACCACCACGGCACUACCGGCACUACCGGCGCCGGCUACUCGUCGGGCACCACUUCCGGCAACUACGAUGACCGCUCCACUGGCCAAAAGGCCAAGGACGCUGUUGGUGUGGGCUCUGGCUCCAACACUCACUCGUCGUCGGGUGCUUACGACUCCAACCGCGGUACCACUGGCAGCUACGACAACCGUUCUACUGGUGAAAAGGUGAAGGACGCUGUUGGCUUGGGUUCGGGCUCUUCUGGUUCCAACACUGGCAACUACGACUCGACUCGCGGUUCCACUGGUGCUCACGGUACCACUGGUGCUUACGACUCGACUCGUGGCACUACCGGUACCACUGGCACCACUUCCGGCGCUUACGGCACCACCGGCACCACCGGCACCACCGGCACCACUGGCCACCACGGUACCACUGGCUCUCACGGUUCCACCACUGGCGGCGGCUACGACUCCUCGGCCCACACCCACAACAAGGAUGAUCGCUCUUUUGGUGAAAAGGUGAAGGACGCCAUCGGCCUUGGUGACAACAAGGACGAACACAAGCACCACGACCACCACCACGACCACCACCACGACCACCACCACGGCACCACUGGUACUACUGGCGCCGCUGGCACUACUGGUGCCUACGGUACUACCGGUACUACUGGCACUACUGGUAACCACUCCACCACCGGGACCACUGGUGCUUACGGCACUACUGGUACCACUGGCACUCAUGGUACUCACGGUACUACCUCUGGCGCCUACGACUCCACUCGCGGCACCACUGGCAACUAUGAUGACCGUACCACUGGUGAAAAGGUGAAGGACGCCGUUGGCGUCGGCUCAGGCUCGAACACUCACUCGUCCUCGGGCGCCUACGACUCGUCUCGUGGCACUACCGGUGCCUAUGACACCAGUCGUGGCACCACUGGUACUACUGGCCACCACCACACCACUACUGGUGCUGGUGUUGGUGCUGCUACCGGUGCUGGCGUCGCUGCCGGUACUGCUGGUCACCACCACCACCAGGGUACUACUGGCACUACUGGCGCCUACGACUCGUCUCGCGGUACUACCGGUGCCUACGACUCGUCUCGCGGUACCACUGGCAACUACGACAACCGUUCUACUGGUGAAAAGGUGAAGGACGCUGUCGGCCUCGGCUCGGGUUCGGACCGUAACACUGGUAACUACGACUCCACUCGUGGUACUACUGGUGCUUAUGACUCUACCAGAGGCACCACUGGCACCACCUCGGGCGCUUACGGCACUACUGGUACCACUGGCCACCACCACGGGACCACUGGCACUACCGGCAACUACGACGACCGCACUACCGGUCAAAAGGUCAAGGAUGCCGUUGGUGUUGGUUCUGGCUCCCAAUCGAGCAACACCCACGGUACUACUGGUACUACUGGCUCUCGUGGCGCUAACUACGGUGCCUACGAAGGCGGCGGCGCCGGCGAAUACACCGAUGCCAGAACUGGUCGUGAAGGUAACAUCCCCACCUCCACCACUGGCGUUGCCGGCACGAUCCCUGCUGGAUCCCAUGGCACCACUGGCACUCACGGUACUCGCGGUACUCACGGUACUACCUCUGGCGCCUACGACUCCACUCGUGGCAGCACUGGCAACUAUGAUGACCGUACCACUGGUGAAAAGGUGAAGGACGCCGUUGGUGUCGGCUCGGGCUCUCACUCGGGUCAUCAACAUGGUACUUCUGGUACCACCGGUACCACUGGCUCUCGUGGCGCCAACUACGGUUCUUACGAAGGUGGUGGUGCUGGUGAAUACACCGACGUCAGAACUGGUCGUGAAGGUAACAUCCCCUCUUCGACUACUGGUGUGGCGGGUACCAUCCCCGCUGGCGCUCGUGGCACCACUGGUACUACUGGUACAACCGGUACUGGUUACGGUACCACUGGCACUGCUGGUAAGACCGAAGGUGAUCUCGGCCGCAGCACUGUUGGUACUACCGGCAAGACUGAAGGUGAUCUUGGUCGUGGUACUACUGGUACUCAGGGUACUACUGGCACUCACGGUACUCAUGGUACUACUGCUGGUACUGCUGCUGGUACUGCUGCUGGUACUGCCGGUGCUGCUGGUACUACUGGCGCUGGUGUCGCCGGCACCACUGGUACUCACGGUACUCACCACACUGAGGAACACAAGGAUAAGUCGAUUUUCGAAAAGAUCAAGGACAAGAUCGAAAACAUUUGA